UAAUAAUUUUUUCUCUCUAUUAUUAUUACUUGACUCUUCACAUUCAUUUCAUUCUCCAUGCAACUUUCAUUUCUUCCAAAUUUUAAUAAUAAAUCUAACAGUUAUAUAAAUAACUAAUCCAAAAUAAUAGCUAGAAGGUAAAACAGCAGAUUUAUCAUACACUUUCUGUGUUCUUUCUGGAAAAAAAAUCUCUUGCAAGUUGCAACAAACUGUGUCUGAGAAAGUUUAUGUUGGUUUGAGAUCUGUUUUGGCAAGGUGAAGUUUUGUACUUUCUUACUUUGGCACUGAGAUUUGAAAUCUAGCUUUUUGACUUAGUUCUUGUGAUUAUGGAGACACUUGUUGUUGUUGAGCAGCAUAAGGAGCAAUUCUGUAACAGUACUAAGCCACAAGUCCAUGGUAGAUUUGAGUAUUCAUCUUCCAAAGACUUUAUAGGGACUAAUUGCAGGACUUUUGAGUCUGGUUUAGCUUUAUUACCUACUACACCUUUGAAAUCCUUUGAUGAAAGCCCUAAUUUGGAAACUACUCCUAAGAGUACUCCAAUUCCAAUUAAUGGAAAAGGUUUUAGAAAUGAAAGAGUUUUUGAUGAAAUUGAUGGAAGCAUUUUGUUAUCUGAGUUAUGGGCUGGACCUACUUACUCCAAUUCGCCACCACCUAGUUCGUUGCCGAUUCCUAAGUUUUCUGUGAGGCCUAAAAGGACUGUGUCGCUUGAUCUUCCUGGUUCGUCUCCGGAGAUUGAGUUGCGUGUCAUGGCUAAGUCUGCGCCUUCUUCUCCGACUAGGGAGCGUUUGGAUUUUACCAGGGAUCUUUUUGUUAAUGCCGAUUCUGCUACUAAGACGUUGCGUCGGAUUCUCAAUCUUAACAUUAACGAUGAGUGAAAUACAAGGAGCGUUGUAAUCCUGUAUAUAAGUGUGUGCGAUGAAACUGGGUUAGUUAAUGCUAUAGAUGUAUAUAAAGGUUCAAUAAAAUUUGUAGUCUGAGUUGGUUUGAGUUUGUGUAGCCGAAGGUUAGUGGUUUUGGAAAUGAACUAGGCUUGGCUGCGGAUAGGGUUAUUUGGUGUGUGUGUGCGCGCGCGCCAGAGGAAUCUGCUGUAGCAGGCUUUGGUAUGGUUCUUGAAACUUGAUGGAAGCUUCCAUGAAAAUGAUUUGGAAACAGAAUGACGGUUACAGGUAGGAGUGGUGUCAAAUAGACUUUUGUUGGCUGCGAUUAUUGGUCCUGAAGAAUGUUGUUACACACAAAUUGAAUUUUGAAUUUGUGAUAUCUAUGUAGUUACCACUUAGCAGAAGCUUCUUCUCAUAUAAUGGUUAACUUUCCUUUACUCUUGACAUAGGAUUUAGGCCUCUCUCACUCUAGAUAUGUAGUUUGCUUGUUUCUGCCUUCUCUUAUUGGUCUUUCACGUCUCAGUCGUAUUCCUAGCUACUCUCAGUGAGGGUUUUGUUUUCUCCUUCACUAUCUUUUCUGUUUUUUUCAAUGAAAAGUUAGAAGGGAUUUGUAGUAGGAUUAAUCAACGCUGUUCCACCAGCUAGUUAACCACCCGGUAGAUUUCCUUCCCUCUGGUUCCGAGUAAUGCUUGUUUCUUUAGUCCUAAUCCUAAUCUUUGUCUGGCUUUUCUUCCACUUCCAUGGAGGAUGUUGACCAUGCCAUGCCAAACUUUAAGGAAGGCAAUCUUUUCGGAUGCUGUUUCAGUUAUGGCUCAUGAAAUGUGGUUAGUUGCAAACAGGUCCUUUGUGGCUAGAAACUUUGUUUUUCUGUUUUUUCCUGGUUCUGUAACUUGUUUGGUCUGCUGAAGUAAAAUGUUAACUACUAUCAUGGGACAUCAUUAUGUAUUUGGUGUCAUGUUUGAACCAUUCAGAAUGGUCUAUUUACCUUAGAUUGUGACGGCAAUUACAUGUUUGGUUCCUUUAUACAGAAACCAAAUUUUAGUA